GGGGAAGUUUGUGGUGUCAUCGCGUGCAGCUGAUCGGCGGUAAUUAUUUUCUCCUCCGCCCGAUUUCCCUCCGCUCUCAGUCAAUCAAUCAAUCGGCCUCUCCUCAACUCUCUCACUCCUGCAUCCUUCGCUCGUUCUCUCUCCUGACUCUAACCUUCCCCCUUUUUUUUCGACCAUAUUUUACGUCCACGGUUUUCUUCCUCUAUCCUGAUACCCUUGAAUCUGCUAUCGCACAGCCUAGGCGACCAUAAUAGAAGCUCCUUUUCCAGUCUCGCACCGCCUCAGCAUCGGCCCUCAGCAGACGUCACCACCCCUCGGAACCUUGGCAGUUAGGCAGACGCUUUCCUCUCUGUUAUCCACCUUCUAGAAGAUUUCGAAGUUAUUUCCCAACUUGCAUCGCGAUCGGGAUCUCCUUACCAUAUCAAGUCGGCCUAUGAUCCUUUUCUGCGGACAGUAAUUCUCGUGGAAACUGGGCGAUUGGACCUGGACUAUCACUGACGAUGGCCGCAACGAACCCCUCCGCCCCCCCUCUUCUCAACGGAACUCACUCGGUCGGCCAACAACCACCGACCGACUCCCAAUCCACCACUACCACCACAUCCACAAGCCAGAUCUUGACAGGAAAGCAGGAGCAUUAUCUCAAGCGCGAACUCAUCGCCCGACAAGUCCAGAGCGAAAUCGCCGAAUUAAACUCUCCUACAGCCUUGCAACGGUUCGGUGCUCCUUUCAAGUCUGAAUUCGGUGAAGUUGCCCCGGUCGAUUCUGAGCUCCCAAUCCUCCGAUAUAUUUUCGUGCAUCAUGUGCGCAACUUCCCAUUCCUGGAUAAGGCCCGCGAGAAGGAAUUCUGGCAAGAUAAGCUCCAAAUGUUUCUGGAGUCAUUCGCAAAGAAACAUGUGUCCUCAUCGGAGGAUCGCUUGGAGGAGACAAAACGACGAAAGCUGGCGCGCAAAUGCGAGAAGCUAGUCGAGCUAAUGAUGGUCUCUGGAAUCCCUACUGCAUCGGGCUAUGAAGAACGUAUUCAGUUUUCCGAGAUGGAGGUCGUUGAUCGAGGCGCCAACGAAAAGGGCUUGUUGGUCAAUAUGCCCGAAGGAAACGCGAUCCAUGGCUGGGACAUCAAUGUGGCUGCGGUCCGUGUGACAUCGGUCAGGCGGACUGUGAGAUAUCACCAACAUGCAGAAUUCAUUAUUCGUGUGCGCCGAGAUGGAAAGAAAGAUACCUUCGUGGCCCGUCGGUACGGCGAUUUCUCCAGGCUGCACAAACGGCUACGCACGGAGUUCCCUGGAAAGCCGCUACCGCCGCUGCCACGCAAGAAUAAGUCUUCAUUGACGUCCAGCAUAUUUGGCUCCGCAGACGACGAAGCUUCAUCGAUUUCGUCUGUUUCCACCCAGGACACGAGCGCCAUAGACGACAGCGUUUCAUCUCGUAACCUAACCCCCGGGAACCACCAUCCUCGUUCACUAUCACGAUCAUCCAUGCGGUCGCUCAAAUCACCUAGAGCUUCCAGUGAUGCGCACCGGGAGACGGUGCUCUAUCGAGAGGAACAGCGAGUCUCUCUGCGGGCGUUUCUCCGAACUUUGCUGCAAAACAAGCGGGUAGCGGAAACAAAAGCUCUCGAAGAUUUUCUGACCACGAACCCUAUCACUCUUAACGAAGAGGAGAAAAUGGACAUGCAAAAACGCAAGGAAGUAGACUCUGUGCGGAUCGAGGAGCAGAAGCGAUUUUAUGAGAUCGCUAGAGCGCGGGCGGCUGAAUUGGAUGCCUACAUGGAGAAUUUCCGCCGAGAUAUCGUGGAGAGCAAUGGUUUGACGAAACUGUUUGCCGAAAUCAAAGAGAAGCCUACAGUGGAAGACCUGAGUCCUCAAUACCAGAAAUUUGCCGAAUGGUUGCGAAUUGAGGUUGCCGCGACACUCUACCACCUUUUCUUAGCCGAGGACAAUUCCCCCGAGUUGUUUGCACAGGCUAAAAGAAUUCACUCUCUUGUUCCAUACAGUCUUCUGAAAAAUGUGAUCCGGAUUGCUAACCCGGCAGCGGUCAUGUCAGGAGUAUUGGACCUCUUCUUGGCCCAACCAUUCGGCUCCCGGUCACUCCUGCAGCGUAUAUUCUCUAUGACCUUGAACGAUGGAAUCAGAGCUUUCCAGAAGUCAAUCGAUGCGCUGGCCGCGACGAUUGAGGAUCCCAUCCUCUGUCAAAAGCUGAAGGCGUUUACCGAUGCUGACGAAGAUCUAAAGAACGAGAUUCGCGCCGAAGCUAUCGCUGAAGAUGUCGACAUCAUCGUGGCAAUCUUGAAGACGGAAUUUCUUUCGCCUGAAUUGACCCCAGACCAGUUUGGCAAAGUGUUCAAUGCUUACGUCGCCUGGAACCAGGCUGUUGAAAGCAUUGAUGCCGAAAUGCGAGAAGGCGCUCAUUGGUUCGCCAAUCUGAAGCAGCUGCUCAAACUGUACACUCGCCAGCGAGACAAGACGAUGAUGCUUAGCAUCGUGGAGGAGCCGGUCACUCUGCAGCUCUUCCGCGACCUCUUCACUAUUUUCUACGAGCCACUCGUACGGGUUUACAAAUCGGCCAAUGUCUAUAACAGCAUCACCGAUUUUGCCCGCUUCGCCGACGACGCGAUCGCCGUAAUUGAGAAAUGCCAUCGGCAGGACGUGUCUGCGGACCCGAACCAGACUGUCCAGUCCUUUAUCGACCUGUGUGAGCGUCACCAAAGCAGCUUCUACAAGUUUGUGCACGAGGUUCAUUUGCAUGACAAUGGCUUGUUUGGGUCCUUGAUGGCAUGGAUCGAAGACAUUCUCGAAUUCUUGCGCAAGGGACCACGUGGCGGCAAGCUGGACAUGAAUGCCUUGCUCACCGGCGCGAAGGAUGUAGGUCAGAUCGACAAAGACAAGGCCUUGGAAGAGAUUAACGCUCUGAUUAAAUGGCAUGCCGACCGGAAGCAGUGGCAUCUUAACAAGACGAGGCAGAAGAUGGCAGCUGAAGGAACGGGCAAUGAGAUUAUUCCCGGCAGUACGACCUUCAAGAGCAGUGACUUUGGCUUGGAUGAGGCUGACCUUGAGGAUCUUGCCAUCUCCGACGAGGAGUCUGAUGCGUCGGAUGAACUGGAUGAUGAGGAAGACCUCGAUCCCAUCACGGCCGAGCGUAGACGGCGUGUCAAGAAACAAGACCAGCUCCGGCGUACGGCGGGCGAGCCUGUCAAGCCGGAGAUACAAGAGAUACUCAAAUUAUCUGAGUCGUUUGGUGUUAUGUUGCGACAGAGACGUUCCUUGUGCAUAUAUCAUAACCAUGAUUUCCCCAUCGCCUCGCAAGGUAAUCCGCCUCAAGGGACUCUUUGUCGACGGGGUGUGGCACUGCAACUGCCCCAAGCGCAUGCCAGCGAUCAAGUUCCAAUCUACCGAUGCCAAAACCAGAAAUGCGAUUUCUUCCUCUGGGCCAGCGACGCCGAACCGCGCGAGAAAGCCACCGUCCUCUCCAGUUCUCGAUCGGAGCCCGAUCCCGAAAAGACGCAGACCCCGACCAAGAAACCGCGAUUAUCCCACGGGCUCCUCACACCGCAGACGGAGCAGCGCCAUUCCUCCCAUUACCAGAGCCCCGCAACGGGCGGCGGGCAGCAACAGCAACAGCAACCACACCAGCUCCCCAAGAAGUACCCUCAAAGCGCCAAGGCGCGCAUGAUGUCCGAAGACAUUGACGAAUUCGAAUGGGACAGCGAUGUCGGCCUUGAAGCGGGCAAGCUACUGCUGGAUACCACGAAGCCACCACCACCACCGAUCCGCCAGCCUGAUUUCGGGCUUCCCAAGAGGGCACCGGCCCCUGCCGCUCAGUUGCCGGUUACGAAGCCGACGACGACGAUGACUACCUCCUUCUCUUCUUCACCGGUAAAGAGAAAGUGGUCGGAUGCGGACGACGGUCUUCACGAUCAUAAUGGCGAUAGCCUGGUGGCUUCGUUUGCGCUGUACUCGCCGCGCCCGCAUACUGAUCGCGUUCCGUCGUCGACGACCGUGCCGCCGCCGCCAUCGGGUAUGGAGUUCUCGAUGACGCCUACUCCGACUCGGUUUCGGAAUGCGUUGGCUGGGCCCGAUGCGGCGCUGGAGACGUCGCAGCUGGCUGCGCAGGCUGGGCGGGUCUUAGAGCGACAUCGUGUGGCGCUCCCGGCACAAGCGCAGGAGGAGCUUACGAGCUUGCUGGAUAAGUUCGAUUUGAAGAUGAAGGGGAUUAUUCGGGGUAGGGAUAUCUCGCGCGUGGCGUUGAAGAAGAAGGAUGAGGAGAUUGAGGAAUUAAAGGCGCAACUUGCCAGGUUUGAGGGGCGGAGCGACAUCCCCGCUAUGUUUCGACCCCCGGUGAACCGCGCCAUGCGCGUGCUGGACCGGUCCUUCUUCAAGCGGACGGUGCCAUUGUCCGCUGCCACGAUCUUCAAGACCUCGGAUAUCGCGACUGUACGACAGGCCCUCAACAAGAAGCGCGACAUCUUGGCGCUGCCUAGGAUGGCUACCCUCCGGGAGGUCAAGCAGGAUGAUGCCGCGCGGAAGUGCUUGUUGCUGCGGGAGGAUAUCAAGCAUGAUGAUAAGGCGACAUGGUCUCCUACUGUCUCCGAGCUUGUUGAUAAGGGCAUGGUGAGCGUUGGGCCAUAUGAAUUGUUGAUUGAGUAUGAUUACUGGACCUACGCCGAUAUCAUGGCGAGCAUUCUCCCUGAAGAGCUCUGCGAAGAGAUCCCCCAGGGCUUCACUCAAGUCGGACACGUCUCCCACCUUAACCUGCGCGAACAAUACCUCCCCUACAAGAACAUCAUCGCCGAAAUCCUACUGGACAAGAACCCGACCGUGAAGACAGUGAUCCGCAAGACCGACGACGUAGGCUCGCACAGCCAAUUCCGGACGUUCCCGUUCGAGCUGCUGGGGGGCGUGAACGACCUGAACGUGAUUCAGCACGAGCAGAACUGCGAGUUUCGGUUCGACUACUCGCGGGUGUACUGGAACAGCCGGCUGGAGACGGAGCACCGGCGGCUGGUGGACAAGUUCCAGGCCGGGGAGAUGGUGUGCGACGUGAUGGCGGGCGUAGGGCCCUUCGCGGUGCCCGCGGGCAAGAAGAAGAUCUUCGUCUGGGCCAACGACCUCAACCCGCACGGCUACGAGGUCAUGCAGGACGCCAUCCGCCGCAACAAAGUUGACAAGUUUGUUACCCCCCACAACCAGGACGGCCGCGACUUCAUCCGCAGCUCCGCCCGCCGUCUGCUCGCCGAACCGCCCCAGUCCGUCACCAUCGAGCCCAAGGUCCGCCGCAGCCAGCGCGAAAACGCCCCGCCGCCUGAGGUGUUCCACCGGCCCACCGUCUUCCAACACUACGUCAUGAACCUGCCCGGCAACGCUAUCGAGUUCCUCGAUGCGUUUAUCGGCGUGUAUGCCGGCGAGGAAGCGCGGUUCGCGCCGCACACGGAGCAGAAGCUGCCCAUGGUGCAUGUGUAUUGCUUCUCGGGUCACUCGGAGGAUGAGCAUGAUGAUCAUGUGGAUGUUUGUCAGCGGAUUUCCGAGAGGAUUGGCUUCGAGAUCACGACGGAGGACCGCGUUGGGGGUUCUGGGCGGGAAGAGUUGGAGCUGGCGAUCCACAAUGUGCGGUUGGUGAGCCCGAAUAAGCAGAUGUUCUGCGCCAGUUUCCGGCUGCCGGCUGAGGUGGCUUUCAAGAAGAACAACCGACCACACACUCCACGACAACUCCCGCGCGACCUUUCCCGGAUAUCCAAAAUGAGCGUCCAACUCCCCCCCGCCACGCACCGCAAACGCACCCUCCCGCAAGGCGAGCUCGAGGCUGCGUCCACGCUGCGCCUGGGCGCGGACCAGAACACGCAUACGCUUUCGCUUUCCGAGGCGCGGUUGGUUAUCAAUAAGGUGUUGGAGAAUAAGCGGCGCGGGGGGAAGAAGUAUGAGGAGCCGGAAAACCUGACCAAAACCCUGGACUACCUCGAGGUGUUUGCGCGGUUCAAGGAUGAGGAGAACAUCAAGGCGGUGGAGCGGUUGUUGAACUCGCAUACGGAGCUGGAGAUGUUUGAGAGGUCGCAGCUUGGAAGUCUGUGCUGCGAUAACGCCGAGGAGGCCAAAUCGCUCAUCCCUAGUUUGCAGCACAAGAUCUCCGAUGGGGAUUUGCAGGAGCUGUUGGAUGAGUUGACUAAGUUGCGGAAUUUCACGGAGUGAAUUUUUUAUUCUUUCAGAUUGGUGAUGGUCAUGGGGAUGGGGAAUCGGAUUGAUGGUCAUCUGCAGGGUUGAUUCUAGCAUGGAGUUUGGGUGUUUUGUUUUCUCUUUGUUUUCCUUCACGCGCAUAGAAAGAGAACAGUCGAAGCCUCAUGUCGUCAUUGAUGGAUGACUGAGUGUGUCACUGUGUAGACUAGGUUGGAGACGAGACUGGAUUGACAAUGGAAAUUAUUC